AGAUUCAUGAGCACCGAGUCGUACACCUUUGCCAGACGCAGGCGGCUUGUAAAACGAGCGCGCUCGAUCAUUCGUAAAGGCGUGUAUCUUGUUAUGUAGUUCCUCCCUACAUCUGUUGGUUUCCUGGCUGUGGAAAGCGGUUGAACCAGGAGUGGAACAUGGCGAGAAUGGUAAACGAAAACGGGUGUGGACAAGAGUUACAGAGCACAGAGCUAAAUGGACCCGGUCGAGGUACAGCGCGGUGGGGUCCCCAACACGCAGGUGCUCUGGAACUUGCGAAUUUGUAUUCUCCAGGAAAAAGAUGUCAGGAAUGGAUAAGUGUUGUCCUCUGCUUCUCUCUCAUGGCCUUCAAUUUUUGUCACCUCCUUGUUAACUUCCACCUGGGUCAUAUGUGGUACAUCCUUUUGGGCAUUGUGGCAGGAAUAUUGACUGCAGACUUUGCCUCUGGUCUAGUCCACUGGGGGGCUGACACCUGGGGAUCUGUGGAGCUACCCAUCGUUGGAAAGGCCUUUAUCCGACCAUUCAGGGAGCAUCACAUUGACCCUACAGCUAUCACCCGCCAUGACUUCAUUGAGACAAAUGGUGACAACUGCAUGCUGACCCUGAUCCCAUUAGCACACAUGGCUUUCAACUUCCUUACCCUCUCGCCUGCGGAGCACUAUCACAACUACCCCUGGCACUGCUAUGUGAUGGCACUGGCCAUUUUCGUUACCCUAACCAACCAGAUUCAUAAGUGGUCGCACACAUACUUCGGGCUGCCAGGCUGGGUGGUCUUUCUACAGAACUGCCACAUCAUCCUGCCCCGCAAGCACCAUCGCAUCCAUCACGUUUCCCCCCACGAGACAUACUUCUGCAUCACCACAGGCUGGCUGAACUAUCCCCUGGAGAAGCUGGGGUUCUGGUCUAGGCUUGAGGAUCUGAUCCAGAGUGUGACUGGGGAGAAGCCCAGGUCUGACGAUCUGAAAUGGGCCCACAAAACCAAGUAACCAUGCAGACUGGCUGCAUCGCUACCUCAGGAGUCUUCAGUCUCUUUCUCGCCUAACUCCAGCUGGAACCGAUAGGAGACACCAACAUAAGGAUCUGGUUUCAGAGAUGCCAUAUAGCUUUAAACCUUGCACAUUUUGUCUGGUUCUAACCGUGGAGUGUUUUGUCAAGGGCCCAGGGGUGUUUUCUUAACCUACUGUGGAAAUCUGAGUGGGAAGUGCUUUUUGAAAUAAUAACAUUUUGAAAGCACUAAUACAUUGCAAUACUUUCUCAACUCCUCAUCUAGCUCUUUAUUUCUGAUCGUGUAUGUCUAACUUGACUCAACCUUUCUUGAGGUGUAACACUAAAGCCAUUGUCCUCAAAAGGGGCAGUCAAAUAUUUUUUUCAUCCACUUUACAAAGACUG